CACCGCUUUACGGCAGAACUUUCUGUCAUCAUGUAACAGCCUCGUACUGUACUCUGCUGCUGUCCUUGUGAAGAUGAGGAGAACAUAUUACGUGCUGCAUCAGAGCAUCUAAAAUAUCAGAUCUUAUCAUUGGUCAGAUGCCACCUACUGAAGUCUGCAGCACCCAAGUGACACAAAAUCUCCUAAACAAAAAAAACGUGACAUGGCCUCCAAAUUCUUCAAGUACUCGGUGUUUCUUCAGAAGUACCGCACUCCUCUGCUUGCGGCGGGCUGCAGCGGGGUCUUUGCAGCCAACUUGUGCUACCAUGUUUUCCCUGACAUGACCUUCCGUCCCCUCUAUCAGGCCUGGUUCAAAAAAGAGCCGGUCACGUUGUCGGAGAAUCUUGAGGAUGUUUUCCAACAGGUGUUGAAGGAUUAUGGUAUCAGCUCACCCAACAAUUUCAGCGCCUUCGCCUCCUUUGGCUUCCACCCUGUAAGUGCUGGUGUCCCUUGGCUUCCUAAAGGGGCCCAUAUUGGCAUCCCUGCAAACUUUAACAGCACGGCCGACGACCCAAGUGGAAUCACCAACCGCUACAUUUUCAUCAACGGCAAAACUGUGGACUGGAGCAGCGAUGACGGCUCAGCUCUGAAGGAAGCACUGGUGUUUUCCAAAGAGGCGCAGAAAUUUGCCAUCGCACGAGAAGUGGCCCGCUUGCAAUCCGGAGGACCUGUUCUGACUGCCGCUGUUGCCCCGUUCUGUCUGGGCGGGGUUUGGGUGUACAGUGUGGUGUUGAAGCAGAUGUUGGGGCUCCAUGUUGGACCUGCACUGUUUCGCGGGGUUGCGAACGUUGUGGCGCUGGGGCUCGGCGGCGUGUCCUACCUCCUCACCUCGGAUGCUGUCAGUCACUGGAUCGACUUCACCUCGGACCAGCGUGCAGCGAGCGUGUCCCGUGAUUAUGCCAGAGGAGGGGUGGAGUUUUACGAUAAGAUUCUGUCUAGGAACAAGACACUGCGCUCCCUGAUGGGGGAGAAGGGAGAGAACAUGUACGCUCCCAGUGGGAACUUGUUUCCCGCUAACAUUCUUCAGCUGAAACACACACCGUACACAUCCAGGAGGGAAGGGAUCCUCGCUAUGCUGAAAAAUGAGAAAGUUUGACAAGAACUGUGUGUUGAGAAUUAAGAUACAUGUCAGUGGGGCUCACUUUAACCUGUCAUGACGUACUAUGAGUUGUGCUUACGUCUGAGUAGACUGUUGAAAAUAAUUGCGUGGGUUCCUCAACUUUAUUAAGCAGUAAAGUCAAAUCUGUCCAAAGGAAUUAGAGCUUGACCGAUGUGCAAUUUUUGGGGCUGAUACUGAUAUUAGGGCGUAAAAAUAACUGAUAACUGAUGUAUUAUUUGAUAUACACACGUUUUUCACAGUGAUCCGUCAAAUGUGGUUAUCAAACAUUAUUAUGAUAAAGAUAUUAAAUGGAGGCAGAAUAUUUUAUUGCUUAACAAAAAACAUUCAGUUUUCAUAUCAGCCCAAAUCAACAACAUAUACGCUGUUACUGAUAUAUGUGUGAUAGGCCGGUAACGACCAACCAAAUAUAUCUGUCGGGCUGUAAAACAGAAUUAACACAGAUUUCACAGAACAUGUGGUGAAUGUUAUUCUUCGCAAUAUUGUAUGUUUCCUGAAGAGACGAUCUGUGCAAAUUACAAGACAGUUGGCUAAAGUUCUGUGUCAAAUGUUUUAUUUAUCCAACAAAGACGAGAUUGAGAUGGUUCAUUCUGCACCCUGUGUGUGAAUAAACAUUUUUGAAACCUUCUCAGAGCAUGUGGUGAAAUAGACAGUGGUGAAUGGUCUUUGUCAUGCACAAUAAGCUGCAGUCUUUACACUUGAAACCUGUUUGAAACACUCCGUUUAAUGAGACAGUUCACCCAGUUUACAAAAAAAUGUUUCCCUCUCUUCAUUUGUCUAGUCUUCCUGCUGUAACCACAUUAAAAUCAGGGUGAGU